CCGGGUCCCCUGGCGAAGCCUCCGCCAUCUUUCCUCUGCCUAACUUGACCCGCUCUCUUUUUCCCUUUGGGAAACCGUGCUCAGUACGCAUGCGCACCUUGACCGGCCUUUCCCCUAGUUCAAGCUCCCCUCAGAGUCAGCGUCCUGUUCCUUAGAGCUGUUGAGGUGUACGAAUGUGCUGGGAAAAGUGAGACUGUGUAAAACAAAGCGGACUGGGGCGUUGUGCUUCCUUGAACCGCGUGAGCCGCCGUUGCCUUGGGCGUUUGUUUCGCGCACCCUGCUGGGAGUUGUAGUCCUGGACCCGGGGGUGCCUGGGAGGCGGGAGGGGGGUUGGGGUUUCUCAGCGCCGAUUCCGCGGGAAGGGCCCCGGGGCCUCACACUUGGAGUCGUGGGAGCAGCAGGUCUUACCCGGAGAGACGCUGCACGUGGAGCCCGCGCCGCAGCCGUUCUCAGGCGGCUCUGGAGCGCGGGCGGGGGCGACGGGGCCGAUUCCGGAGCGGGACUGAUCUCCUGAAAUACUUCAACCAUGACUAAAAGAGAAGCAGAAGAGCUUAUAGAAAUUGAGAUUGAUGGAACAGAGAAACCAGAGUGCACAGAAGAAAGCAUUGUAGAACAAACCUACACCCCAGCUGAAUGUGUCAGCCAGGCCAUAGACAUCAAUGAACCAAUAGGCAAUUUAAAGAAACUACUGGAACCAAGACUACAGUGUUCUUUGGAUGCUCAUGAAAUUUGCCUGCAGGAUAUCCAGCUGGAUCCAGAACGAAGUUUAUUUGACCAAGGAGUAAAGACAGAUGGAACUGUACAACUUAGUGUACAGGUAAUUUCCUACCAAGGAAUCGAGCCAAAGCUAAACAUCCUUGAAAUUGUUAAACCUGCGGACACCGUUGAAGUAGUGAUUGAUCCAGAUGCUCACCAUGCUGAAUCAGAAGCACAUCUCGUUGAGGAGGCUCAAGUCAUAACUCUUGAUGGGACAAAACACAUCACAACCAUUUCAGAUGAAACUUCAGAACAAGUGACAAGAUGGGCUGCUGCACUAGAAGGUUAUAGGAAAGAGCAAGAGCGCCUUGGGAUACCCUAUGAUCCCAUACAGUGGUCCACAGACCAAGUCCUGCAUUGGGUGGUUUGGGUAAUGAAGGAAUUCAGCAUGACUGAUAUAGACCUCACCACACUCAACAUUUCUGGAAGAGAAUUAUGCAGUCUCAGCCAAGAAGAUUUUUUUCAGCGGGUCCCUCGAGGAGAAAUUCUCUGGAGUCAUCUGGAGCUUCUUCGAAAAUAUGUAUUGGCAAGCCAGGAACAACAGAUGAAUGAAAUAGUUACAAUUGAUCAACCUGUGCAAAUUAUUCCAGCAUCAGUCCAGUCUGCUACACCAAGUACCAUAAAAGUUAUAAAUAGUAGUGCAAAGGCAGCUAAAGUACAAAGAGCUCCAAGGAUCUCAGGAGAAGACAGAAGCUCACCCGGGAACAGGACAGGAAACAAUGGCCAAAUCCAACUAUGGCAGUUUUUGCUAGAACUUCUUACCGACAAGGAUGCUCGAGACUGUAUUUCUUGGGUUGGAGAUGAAGGCGAGUUUAAGCUAAAUCAGCCUGAACUGGUUGCACAAAAAUGGGGACAACGUAAAAAUAAGCCUACGAUGAACUAUGAGAAACUCAGUCGUGCUUUAAGGUAUUACUAUGAUGGGGACAUGAUUUGUAAAGUUCAAGGCAAGAGAUUUGUGUACAAGUUUGUCUGUGACUUGAAGACUCUUAUUGGAUACAGUGCAGCAGAGUUGAACCGAUUGGUCACAGAAUGUGAACAGAAGAAACUGGCAAAGAUGCAACUCCAUGGGAUUGCCCAACCAGUCACAGCAGUAGCCCUGGCUGCUGCUUCUCUGCAAACAGAAAAGGAUAAUUGAGCCCCAGGACCUUCUGGGACUUCAAGGUCUUUCUUAAAUAUUGAGAGCAAGUAUGGCUCUUACCUUUAUUACUGAAUUUAAAUCUUCUUUUAUUUCUAGACUGUACAGUCUGAUGCAUGAUUUUUUUAUAAAUAUUUCAUACUCUUGUGAAUUUGGAUCUUUUUACUUUGAGCAUAUAUUUUAGAAUACAUGUAUGUUAAAGGAUCACCACAAUGUCUGCAGCUUGAAGGCAGGUUCAUUGUGGAAUAGUUUGUUAACAGUCAGGAAAGCUAAACUGGUCAGUAUUAAUGUCUAGCCCUACCAAAAAUAGCCAGUAGCAUCUGAAAAUGAUAAGUGAAGUAUCUCCAGGAAACA